GUAUAUACACAUACACAAAAAGGUAUUUUAAAUUUCUUCCGUAUAUAUCGAAAUAAUUUGGCAAGACUUAAUUGUACUGGACUUGGUGGUAAGACUUACUUUGUAUCUAUUUUGUGUAUCUAAGUAGCUUCCUUCCUUUAUGUAAAUAUAUUGUCUCAAUGUACACCAUAAUAACAUGUGAUAAUUCUACCGGAGCUUGAGACCCAUUUUCUGAUACUAUUAGGUCGCAACAGUCAGUGGGAAGAUAAGCUGCGCAAUUUAUAUUCAGACUAUGUUCGUGAUUAUAAUUUGUAUUUUCGACCUAAAUAAUUCUUAAAGUAACAAGUAACACAAAAUAUGACGAUGAUUAUUAAUGUCGCUGAUCAGACACCAAAACUAACUACACUAAUAUUAUAAUAAAGAAAUCAAAUUAAAGAAAAGCCGAGAUAAAACAUCCUCAUCCGUAAUUGCACGCUUUUUACUUCACAAAUCCCCCGAGAUAAACUUUAUUUUGUAUUUGCAUAUCUAAAAAAUUCCGCUAGUAUGAGCGUGGUGGAUAAGAAUUUCGUAUAUAAAUAAAGAAACGGCACCUUGUUGUGUCAGACUUUCAGUAUUCUAAUUCAAGACAAAAGCAGGCAAUGGCUCCAAUACGAAUAAUCUUAUUGUUCGCAGUAAUCAGCGUCAGUUCGGGACUACCAGCCAAAAGUCAUCGUGGAUCCCAUGGCCAUUCUAUACCGCCUGACCCACGAUUCAAUGGAGUUUUCGAUCAUGAUCACAAUCAUGAGAAAAUUGCUAAUAACAUAAAAUCUUGGAGUCCGAAUAAUAUACAAAAUGUUUGGGAAUUGAGCGGUUUAUAUGAAGGUGAUAUAAUGAUUCAUCCAGAUAGUCCAAUGGAUAGUCCAUGGAAAAAUGGUCUUUUAGACGCUACAGCACGAUGGCCCGGCGGUGUCGUGCCUUAUUUUAUACAAGAAGAUGAUUUUGAUCGCGAUCAAAUUAAAUUGAUAAAAGAAGCCAUGCAGGAGUAUCAUGAAAGAACUUGCUUGCGUUUUCGACCUUACAAAGAUACUGAUGACGAUUACGUGACAAUACAAGCGAAAGAUUCAGGAUGCUGGUCCCUGGUGGGUCGUCACGGUCACGGACAAGUAUUGAAUCUACAGAAUCCAGGAUGCAUUCAUCAUGGUGUUGUCGUGCACGAGCUCAUGCAUGCCUUAGGCUUUUACCAUCAGCAGAGCGCCGCGAAUCGAGACGAGUGGGUCACCAUACAUUGGGAGAACAUCAAAUUGGGUAAAGAGCAUAACUUCAACAAAUAUGACAAUCGCACUGUCACCGAUUAUGGUAUCGGCUAUGAUUACAAGAGUAUCAUGCACUACAGCUCCCACGCAUUCUCCAAGAAUGGAGAACCUACUAUUACGCCGAAGAAAGAAAAGGUGCAACUUGGUCAGCGAGACGGACUCAGUAAAAAGGAUGUGGCCAAAGUGCAAGCAAUGUAUAAAGAACAAUGUGACGGUCGAAACAGUAGCCAUUCUUCCGAAUCUUCUGAAGAGAUUUCUAUAGAAUGGCUAUUUGAUUAA